AUGGCGGCAAAAAGGAAGACAGCAAAGAAGGUAGUUGAGGAGCAGAUUUCUCUCGGACCCCAGGUCGCAGAGGGUGAAUNUGUGUUUGGAAUAUGCCAUAUAUAUGCUUCUUUCAAUGACACAUUCGUGCACGUGACAGACCCGACGGGAGCUGAAACGAUCGUCCGCGUGACGGGCGGAAUGAAAGUCAAGGCCGAUCGUGACGAGUCUAGUCCGUACGCAGCAAUGUUGGCAGCACAGGAUGUUGCUGAGAAGUGCAGACUGUUGGGGAUCAAUGCUCUUCACAUCAGAAUUCGUGCAACUGGUGGCACAAAAGCUCGGACGCCCAGUCCAGCAGCCCAGUCUGCUCUACGUGCACUGGCCCGUUCAGGAAUGCGCAUCGGCAGAAUUGAAGACGUUACACCUAUCCCCACCGACAGCACACGUCGUAAGGGUGGAAGGCGCGGUCGACGAUUGUAA